AUGGAGGACGUCAAGCCGACGGGCUUGCCCCCGUCCAAUGCCCCUGACGGCGCGUCGCCUGCACAUGCGCCCGACUCGUCGAGCCUACACGCCCGCCCAACCGUCGCCGACCUGCACGGCGAGAACCACUUCGCGCAGGUAGCGAGGAAGAAUUGGCUGGCCGCGAAAAAGACGCCCAAGGUACGCCCCGACGUGGUCAAGAAGGACCUGUGGGACCAUCUCGAAACGGCCCAUUUCGCACACUCGUCGCUCUUGAUCCUCGAGAACCUGCAGCUGCUCGAGCGAUAUCUGUGGCCGGGCUUCACAGAGGAUGCCUCCAACUACCACCACCUGCUGCUGGCGCUCAUGGUAAAUGUCAAGCGGAGGGAGAACCUGUCGUCGUGGGAACAUUUUUCCAGCAACCCGGCCGGAUUCUCGUCCUUUUUCCGCCGCAUCCUCUCCAUGACGGUGGACCCUUCGCAGCCCAGCAAGAUCCGGACACAGCUCAUAUCCUUUGUCAUUGGCGCCUUUCAGUCGCUCGACAGCGGCUUGGUGCGAAAAGAGUGCGCCCCUCUGGUCGGCAUAUCAAUAUGGCAGAACCUGCACUCGGAAGCGGUGCGCGAGCAGUACUUUGAGGAACACAGCAUGUUGCGCAAGGCUUGGAGGGCCGCAUCCAAGCGCUACGACGCUGGAGAUGAUGCGCUGCAGGCUCGGCUACGGUUCGAGAGGUCGUGGCUCUACACACUCCUUCUCGACUUCAUCGACCGGCUAUACAACAAUAGCAGCAGAGAGGACAUGGCCUACUGCGAGCGCUUCAUGGAGCUCCUCAUAGACCUGCAGAGCCAGCUGCCCACCAGGAGAUAUGUCAACACACUACUGAAGGACCUGAACAUGCUCCCAGCCGUGCGCUUGUCGCCCAUGUACGCCGACGAGGACAACGGCCUCUUCCGCGAUCUGUUCGACUUGCUCAGCCACUUCACCAACUUCCCCAUCGAGGACCAGACUGGCAGGCAAUUAUCAAAGCUGGAGUACGACCAGCAGCACUACGACCUUUUGUCCAAGCUACAACGAACAGGCUACGCUGCAUUCCAAGAGAAGCUCCAGCUCAUGGCGCUGGCAAACUACAAGAGCAUCGGAAACAGGGAGGAGCUGGACGGACACCUGCGUACAUUGAGCGAUAGUGAGCUGGUUGAGCUUUGCUCUCCCCUGGGUCUGCGAACCGAGUACCCUGCCACCACCAACCUGGUGCGCGACCGGGCCUUUUACAUGGAGACCUUGACAGCGCUUGUCGAACAGCGCCCUACUUUCAAAGACAUGGUCCGCGAUAUGCCUGUCCUACCUACUGAGAAGAUUCUCUACGAGAGUGCGUUUUUGCGGAACGAGUCUUACGACGGGUCAAGACCCCUUGCCAUUCCAAAGCUCAAUCUUCAGUAUCUGACCAUGGGCGACUUUUUAUGGAGGUCAUUUAUCCUAUACCGCGCCGAGUCGUUCUAUGGCAUUCGGAAAGACAUGGAGGACGUAGUAAAGCGCGUAAAGCCCAAAGGCAGAGGUGCCAGCACCAAAUUUGGCGGGGUGUCUAAAAUGUCACUGCCCAUCAUGAAGCCUGCCAUCGUAGACGUGGCACCGUCAAGGGUUGGAGAGGAGCACCCCGCAUAUGUUCGAGCAGAGAUUAUACUUGAUGUCAGCCGGCUUCAGCUUCCAGUUCGACGGGAUUGGGAACAACUUCGGCCAGACGACGUAGUCUUUCUCCUUGCUGUCGAGGGCAAAGACGACGUGCCCAUGCGAAACGGCCACCAUGGAGAUGCCGCCACCGGAGAAGAGCUCGGUCUGCAGCGGAUGAGAUGUGCCCAGGUAGUCCAAGUUCUAGACGACAAGGGACGACCUUUGCGAGACCAGGCGCGUGACGAUGGCUUUGGGCCGAGGGCACGGCAGCGGCGGCUCCUUGUCAACAUUGACGCGAAGCAAUACCAGAUCGACAUGGACCAGACUGCCAAAGGGGCACCCGACGUCUACGAGCAAAUCAACCUCAUCGUCCGCAGGAGAGGACGGGAGAACAACUUCCUCCCCAUUCUCGAGUCAAUCAAGCGCCUGACACUUUCUGACAUCCCGGCACCAUCCUGGCUUCAGGAGGUCUUCCUAGGCUACGGGGAUCCUGCAUCUGCAACGUACAAACGACUCCCUACCCGAUUGAACAAGAUCGACUUUCGUGAUACCUUUUUGGACUGGGAGCACCUGAUUCAGUCCUUUCCCGGCAAGUCCAUUGAACCCCAUGAAGAGGCGCAGACAUCCUUCGGACCUCCAUACGUUUUGGAAUUUUCUGUUACCGCGGAACCCGAGGUUGCACCACCACGAGCAUCGAAAAAGCGGCGUCGCGACCAGGUUGAGGCUGCGCGGCCUGUGCAGGAGUCCAUUCACAUAUCCUCGUACAAGCCACCAAACAUGGGCCCCUACCCUGCAGAUGCACCAAAGCUGAACAGGGUCCGCUUCACACCUGCACAGGUCGAUGCAAUCACUUCGGGAACCCAGCCGGGGUUAACAGUGGUGCUCGGACCCCCAGGCACCGGCAAGACGGACGUGGCGACCCAGAUUAUAUCCAAUUUAUAUCACAACUUUCCGGAUCAGCGGACCUUGCUUAUUGCGCAUAGCAACCAGGCGCUUAACCAGCUAUUCCAGAAGAUUGUGGCGCUUGACAUUGAUGAGCGCCAUCUUUUACGAUUAGGUCAUGGUGAAGAGGAUCUCGAGACGGAUGCUAGCUACAGCAAGCACGGCAGAGUAGAGUCAUUCCUUGAGAGAGGACAGUACUACUUGUCAGAGGUCGAUCGCCUUGCCAAGAACUUUGGUGCGCCUGGUGCCCAUGGGAGCUCAUGCGAGACUGCUGAUUACUUCAACCUUGUCUAUGUGAAGCCAGCGUGGACGCAAUACUGGGAUAGUAUCACGUCUGAAGAUACAAGUGUUGAUCAAAUCAUCACCGAGUUUCCAUUCAAAGACUACUUUUCAAAUGCGCCACAGCCUCUGUUCCCUUCCGCGGCAGACCGCGAAGAGAUUCUUGACAUUGCGCAAGGCUGCUAUCGCCAUGUGCAGAAGAUCUUUGCAGAGCUCGAGGACAUUCGUCCGUUUGAGCUUUUGCGAAACCCGCGAGACAAGGCAAACUACCUGCUCGUCAAGGAGGCCCGCAUCAUCGCAAUGACAUCGACACAUGCGGCCAUGCGAAGACAAGAAAUUGCAUCGCUAGGCUUCCAUUACGACAACGUCAUCAUGGAAGAAGCUGCUCAAAUCACCGAGAUUGAGAACUUCAUCCCGCUUGCACUGCAGAAUCCGCAGAACAGCGAACUUCCCUUACAACGCAUCGUCCUCUGCGGUGACCACCUCCAGAACUCGCCCGUCAUCCAGAACCUUGCAUUCCGCCAGUAUGCCAACCUGGAACAAUCGCUCUUCCAACGGCUUGUCCGCCUGGGUGUACCGACCAUCAUGCUCGACCAGCAAGGUCGUGCACGCCCGUCCAUUGCCGAGCUCUACAAAUGGCGGUACCCGUCGCUCUCCAAUCUGCCGUCUGUCAUGUCGAACCCUGAAUUCCAACUCGCCAACCCGGGCUUCAAGCACGAGUACCAAUUCAUCGAUGUGCAGGACUACAAGGGUAAAGGAGAAGAGCAGCCUACGCCUCACUGGAUGAUCAAUCUGGGUGAAGCCGAGUACGCAGUCGCCUUGUACAUGUACAUGCGACUUCUUGGAUACCCAGCCAACAAGAUCUCUAUUCUGACCACGUACGCUGGGCAGAAGAGCUUGAUCAAUGACGUCCUAGGCCACAAGUGUAAGAACAACCCGCUAUUCGGGCGCCCAAGGAUAGUAGCUACCGUGGACAAGUACCAGGGCGAGCAGAACGACUACAUCAUCCUCUCGCUUGUCCGCACCCGCUCAAUAGGCUACCUGCGCUCCAUCCGGCGUCUCACGGUAGCGCUGUCCCGCGCACGCCUCGGCCUCUACAUCCUGGGCCGGCGCUCCGUCUUCGAAUCCGUCUUCGAGCUCAAACCCGCCUUUGACAUUCUACUCCAGCGCCCGGACAAACUGCACCUCGUCACGGACGAACUGUUCCCCCACACCCAGCGCACAAUCGCCGACUCGCAGCCCACCGCCGACCCCGUCCCCGGCGAAGCCGAAAUGCACGACGUAGAACACCUCGGCAAAUACGUGUAUGAAAUGACCAAAGCGAAAAUCGAGGCUCUCAAGGCAAAUGCCGGUGUCUUGCCGCUUGCAUCGCACCAGCAGAGUAACGGACUGGAAGCGGAUGCCGGUGUGAAUGGCGCGAAUAAGAACAUGGAUCUUGUUAAUGCGCCUGAAGACGACGCCGACGACGACGACGACGACGAUGCCGACGACGAUAGGCCUGAGAACGUGCUUAUCCCCGAGGAAGCGGCUGAUGCAUUUGAUGCUCAGGCUCGGGAUGAUGAUGACGCUGAGGAGUAGACACUAUUAUUUGUUUGAUCGAGCCAUCGACUCUCUAUAUGUCUGUGCGUGUCUAAACCAUUGUGUGCACACGGGGAUUGGUAUAUACUAUACUAUACUAUACUACAGGCAUUUGUAUAGGCGUCUGUAUAGGUGUCUGUAUGUGUGAGUGUGGACGGUGUAAGUGUUUUUGUUCCAAAGUCUAGAUAGAAAAAACCUAUGAAUUGUGGGGGCGUGGUUGGGGCGCGUCGGAGCAUAUGUGUACUCUCUCUCUUUCUCUCUCUUUUCUUUUACUGGUUUUUUCAUUUUUGCAUGCAUCAGAAUGGCGUAAAG